ACCCUUCCUCCGGCGGGGGGGCGGGCUCAGSCGACAAGAUGGCGGCGGCGCUGAGGGCGGCCCGGCCUUGGGGGCUGGCGGGGACAGUGCCCGGGCUCGCUUUUACUCGUUCUGCAUUUGCUGUGCAAAAAGUGAGUCAUGCCCAACCAAACUGGCUGAGAGUUGGCUUGGCAUUCGGCACCAGUGCUGUCUUGUGGGCUUCUCUUCUCARGCAGCAUAAUGCAGAUGUAAAGGAAUACGAAAGAAGAAAACAAGAGAGAGGACAUAAGUGUGCAGGAUGUUCAUAGCUGAUGAUAUGCCCACAAGAGGUAACAUGAUGACCAGUUGUCCUACAAAUGAAUGAGCCCAGAAGAAGUAAAAAGUUAGCUAAUUGCUUGUAUGUUCAUACAUUUCAUGUGCAUAAUUGUAAAAUAAAGUCUAGAAGAAACUUGAAAAGAUGUGGCCAUUAAUAUUUCAUUCUGCAGGUCUUGAAAAUGUUUUAUGUGGCAUUUCCAUUUUGGUUUCAGUCUUGUUUUCAAAACUCUUUGCUGUUCUGGAAGGUAUAUUACAAAAUUAGACAUCAGUUCAGAGGAAGUUCAGUAAAUAUUCUGGCAGUGUAUUCUAGCUCUGCCACCAUUUUCACUGCUAAAUUUAUGAAAUAAGCAAAUAAAAGAAUGGGAGCUGUACAA